AAGUUUACUAGUGAACUGGCUGUCGCAACCUCAGUGUCUGUUAAAGUUCGUUUGGGUGACGAGGAAAACAAACUCAUAUUUCAUUUAUGGAAGCAGCAACGUGUUUCAGUUAUCAACUGUGUACGUCGCACACAACAUUGUUAUCAGCUUUUCCUGCUGCCAAAUUUUCAAAUGUAUCCAGACCAUCUUAGGUAUUAAGGAAAAGUCUAAAUUCGCAGUUUGUUUACAGUGGCAAGUACUAGGCCAUCGGAAGAAAAACUGGAAGAAAUCUUUCAAUCGUCAAAAGUUGAGCGCAUCUUUACAUCAUGGGCAGGGUAGCAAGAGAGGCAGCUCGGGAUUUGCAAGCACUUGUCAACAAAUAUAGUCGCUUUCACCAGUCGACUCUAUCUAUUGAACAGUUCACAAGCUUUGGGAAAAGUGCAACACCAACUGAAUCAUUUGAGUUUCUCAAACAUGAAGUUCCUGUUAGACUGGCUCAUAUUAUGAAAGAGAUCAACCUUUUACCCAGAAAUUUACGCAGAAUGCCCUCUGUUGAACUUGUGAAGAGCUGGUAUGUGCAGAGUUUUUUGGACUUGAUGGAAUUCCAUGACCUGCAUGAAAGUCCAAUUAGUGACACUACUCUAGAUAAAUUUGCCAAGAAGCUUUUGCACAUUAAGCGAAGACAUGACAACACUGUUGAGACCAUGGCACAGGGGGUCAUCGAGUUACGAGAUUCUGAAGGUGAAGAUUCAAUCCACCCGUCUAUCCAGUAUUUCCUGGAUCGAUUUUAUAUGAACAGAAUCAGUGUCAGGCUUCUUAUGACACAACACUUGGCUUUAUUUGAUGAAAACAUAAGCAGCUCAAAAAGCAAGUUCAUUGGUGUGUUUGAUCCAAACUGUAAUGUUUCAACUGUUGUGCAAGAUGCUGCAGAUAAUGCUAGGCUACUGUGUGAUCAGUUCUACUAUGCAUCACCUGAUAUCACUGUCAAAGAACAUAAUGCUGUAGAGAGAGGAGAACCAAUCAAUGUUGCCUAUGUUCCAUCACAUUUGUAUCAUAUGAUCUUUGAAUUGGUCAAGAAUGCAAUGCGAGCUGUAAUUGAAUAUCAUGGAGCUGACAAUGUUGAUCUUCCACGCAUAAAUGUGCUAAUAGGAAAAGGAAACGAAGAUCUUACUAUUCAGGUCUCAGACAAAGGUGGUGGAAUAACCCGAUCCCAGAUUGAAAACUUGUUCAUGUAUCACUAUACAACAGCACCUCAGCCUUUGGCCUCUGGGACAAUCGCACCAUUGGCUGGAUAUGGCUAUGGUUUACCACUUUCAAGGAUGUAUGCAAAGUACUUUGGAGGAGACAUCCAGAUUUCAUCCAUGGAAGGAUAUGGAACCAACGCUAAUAUCUACCUGAAGGCUUUUUCAAAACAUGCAAGUGAAGUUUUACCAUUGUACAACUCCUUGGUUGCAAAAACAUAUGAUGAGGCAGACAGCAGUGGUGGGAAUUCAAUGAAAGAUUGGAGUUCAGAUUCAUUUUACCAAGGGCAGAAUCAUUCAUAUUCAAAGCCAUAUCUGAAUUUUUUGCGUAACAAGAGACUCGGAUCAGAUGGUAAUGAAUCUCAAUUUUCUAGAGAAGAUUAGAUAGUGUAUAUUUAAUGUAUUAUUGAAGAGGCUUCUGUGUUUGCCACUACUUUCUUUGUAUAAAUUGAGGCUUUAUGAACUGAUGCCCAUACGUGUUGUCUGGAAGUAAGGCUUUGCCUAUUUUCAUCUUUCUAUUUUGUUCACUUUGUAUCAAAUGUUGUUCUACAUUAUUUGUUUCCAUUUCAUGCUUCAUAUAUAUGCCUCUUCCAAGUUAGAUUUAAAUCAGUUAAUCAAAAUUUACUUCUUUUCAUCUUUGUUUUCUUAUUGCACUUCAUUAAAAGAUAAGUAUAUCAAAAAAGUCAUUAAUAUGAUAUUUUAAGUAGAAUAAUAAAUAUGAACCAAAUGUGAAACUAACUUAUAAUUAAGCCACAUGCAUUUAAGACAUUUGCAGGGGCCAAUCUCUACUUUUAAAAAGUGCACUUCCUUGAUAAAGAUUAAUUAUUCAUUUUGCCCCUAAAAUUAUAUUUUAGCUGUUCAGUUGACCUUCAUUAACAUAUCAAUUGACCUUGAUUUGUUGCCUUAGCUCUUAAAAUCACACAUCUUGAUGGAUUGUUACCUCAACUAGUCCAACAUUAACGACAGGAUUGCAAAUACAAAAAAAAUGAAAAAUACCCUUUGAUAUGCAAAAAAUAUUUUUAUGAAUAUAUGUUAAUGAUGUGUGAAAAACCUUCAUGGAUUUGUAAACAACAUUUUUUUGUGCUGACAAGGAGUACAGUCUUUAGAUGCACUUCAUAAUGUUAAGACUAGCAUGAUAAAUUAGCUUUGGUUUUUUGUUAUCCAGUCUUAAAAAUUGAAUGGAAAUUAAGGUCACAAAGGGAUGGAAUCCUUUAUUCACUUAGAAGUAGGAAGUAGAAGGCAUUUUGAAUGUGUGCUGUAUUAAGCCUCAAAAGUUUGGAUGUACCCUUUAUGCAAGUUUCUCUAGUAUAGGGAUUGUAAUGUGUUUUAUCUGAGAAUAUAAACCUGGUAUUUGCCUUUUCAAGAAAUGUUAUUUUAAGUAUAUAUACCUCGAAAGUUCUAGUUGGUGACUGAGAGUAUAGGACAGUAUAAAUGAUUUUCUCUGUGUUUCCCAUUCAUAAUUGAUAAUUAAUCAGUAAUGAUUGAGUGAUAGGAUAUUUUCAAAAAUAUUUGUAGCGAUAAAGAAAGAUAGUCAAAUUUAGGUUCAAAGUAUGUUUUUAUAUAAUAUUUCAAACAAUUUUUACUAAAUUGCACAAUUGGAGUUCAGUAAUAGCCCUAAAGAUAGUUAGUUGGAGGUUUUUGUUCCCUGCUCCUCUCCAUGUUUGCCUGAUUUUCCAGAUUAGUUUGAAAACCUGUGUAUAAGCCACCAUUUUCUCCCACAUUUUGUUCCUUGGUCUUUGAGGAUGUGACCUUUGUGAGGAUUCUUUUCCAAGGGCUAUUUAGGAAAGUGAGCUUUGCUAUUAUUUUCAACAAAAUGAAUUCUAUAUGUUUCUGAUAUACUCCAUUCUGUGAAACAAGAACAAUGUACUGGGGUGGUUAUAAUGAGGAUGGCUUAUACAUGGAUUUUAUGGUAGCUUUUGUUAUCCAGUAGGUAUCAUGGUUGCUGCAUUUUAGAAUAGUUUUUGAUCUGUGUUGUGAACAAAGCUGUAACUUAAAAAGGUGUAGUGUUGCUAUAGGGUUUUCUUGUCUCUAGGAGACAAGUUAAUUGAUAUCUAGAUGGUUUUAAGUCGUUUUCAUAUUGUUCAUAUCUAUUGAAAUGAUAGAAUGAAAUUACAAAACUUGACAA